UAUGUCUGGGUGAGGAUGAAAAAGCCACAGGCAUCUCUUACUAGCCUGUUCAGCGUGGAUUGUCCUCAACAGCAAAUUAAGAAAUCGGGUUAUUUUUUUUUAUUCCUGUACGCGUAAUAAUAUAGUAUUGGAUGCUUAUUCGUGUUUCUUUCUUUCAUUUUUUUGUGCGUAAAAAUAUCCAGAUCGAUUAUCUUUUGACAAAAAAAAAAGAAAUAAAAUUGCUAAACGCUAAUAAUAAUAGUAAUAAUAAUAAAUAAUAAUCCAAAGGAAUAACAGUCGUAUUUUUUUUUUAUUUUUCUUUUUUUGCGUCGUUAAUAUGUGCUCCUUGGGCUGUGACUUAAAUAUCUCCAGAUGAUGAAAACGGCGAGCAGCUAUUUUAAUAAAAUGGCAGAGAUGGAUUUAAAAUCAGCCACAGCGAUGGACGCUUUGGUUCGCAUCAGCGUAAGUAUCUCUCUGCUUUUGUGCUGUCGCUGAAUUCACGUUGAUAUUACGGCGAACGCUUUAAUUUUUUCUCGACCGUCCUAUUGGAAUGAAACGCCGAAUUAACCCAACAUUUCCCUGACAUGGGCCCAUAUUUCUUAUGCCUCACCGCACUGCCUGGGGCCGAGGAAAUAUUGCUAAUCCGUGCACAGAAUUCCUUCGAAAACACUGUCCGACACUGUUUGCAUUCAAUCGGUAGUCAAAUGAUAAAAAAAGCUUAGGUGCUGACUGAAAUGACACGUUUCUUUUUUCGGGCUCAUGUAGGAUGGUUGUUUCCAUGGAUACGAGAUGCAGGAGGAAAAAAAUGUGUGCGGAUGCUGCUGCUGCUGCUGCUGGUGGCAUAGUCCGCUAUAGGGUUAAAAUAUCAGACACGUACACCACAGUGGGGACCAAGGUUUAGUAGUGCACGUAGAGCGCGUCCCAGAUUGGAGCAGUCCUGCAUAAGGUGCAGCAUCUUUUCAUACGCUCGAAUCAGCCGCUAUAGCCCUUCUCCUCUAGACACCAUCUUACCGGAGGUGCUCGCAUGUUCGCGAUGUAAAGCCUCAGACCCCUCCCACCCUUCCUUCCUUCCUUCCGAGACCGAGAUCUCUUGAAGCUGGAGGUAGACACACGUAGUCUACUGUCAUGGCGCCUAGAUUCCAGGUGAAGUCUAACAUGAAGAGCCUGGAGCACGAGUUGCAUUGCCCCGUGUGUAAAGACAUCGUCAAACAGCCCGUGGUCCUGCCAUGCCAGCACAGCGUCUGCCUCCUGUGUGCCUCUGAGGUCUUGGUGGCAAAUGGCUACCCGCCUCCGGAGCUGCCGCCAGAACCCAACUCCCCCGCCUCCACUCCCAACACCCGCUCGCCUCGUCAGGCACGCAGGCCGACACCUAAAGCCGAGCAGCGACCCAUUGACCGCGUGCUGCGAUCAGGUCCUCAUCCGCCUUCGCCAUCAAUGCAGCGAUCCCCCGGUCACGGGACAUACCCAGGGCGACGUCGUAAGGAGGGCCCGCCUCUGGUGAUGAUGUUUCCUUGCAGCCCCUGCGGACGAGAUGUUGAACUGGGAGAGAAGGGCCUUACCGACUGUCUGCGCAAUCUAACUUUGGAGCGUAUAGUGGAGAGGUACAGGCACACAGUGAGCCUGGGCAGCGUGGCUGUGAUGUGCCAGUUUUGUAAGCCCCCUCAAACCCUGGAGGCCACCAAGGGCUGCGCCGACUGCAGGUCCAAUUUCUGCAACGAGUGUUUCAAGCUCUAUCACCCAUGGGGUACGCCACGGGCACAACAUGAACAUAUCCUGCCUACUCUCAACUUCAGACCAAAGGUUCUGACCUGUCCCGAGCAUGACCAGGAGAAGCUGCAGUUCUACUGCAGGUCAUGUCAGCGUCUGCUCUGCCCGCUCUGCAAACUGCGCCGCAUCCACACUGGGCACAAAAUCCUCCCAGUCGCCCAGGCAUACCAAGCGCUGAAGGAGAAGAUUACGAAAGAGAUGAACUACAUUCUGUCCAACCAGGACACAGUUCUGGCUCAGAUUACCCAGCUGGAGAGUGGCAUCACUCAGACUGAGGUAAACAGCGUGUCUGCCAGAGAGCAGCUAGCUCAGAGCAUCAGGGAUCUGACAGCCGCUCUUGCAGAGCGCCACGCAUCUCUCACCCAGUCUCUGGAGGCGGCCCGGCAGAAACGAGGCGAGGCGUUGGCCGCUCAGGUGUCGGAGAGACGGGGCUUGAUGGAACAUGCCGGACUCAUGGCGUUCACACAGGAGCUAUUAAAAGAAACUGACCAACCCUGUUUUGUGCAGGCUGCUCGACAGACUCAUAACAGGCUGAGUAAAGCAAUUGAAAAUCUCCAGCAUUUCACUCUAGCUGCGGAUCCGUCCUUCAGACACUUCCAGCUGGACGUCUCCAAAGAACUCAAAUUCCUGACGGAGUUGAACUUCAUCCAGGCUCCCCUGGCUCCAGUGAUUGAUACCCAGCGUACGCUGGCCUACGACCAGCUCUUCUUGUGCUGGCGACUGCCCCAGGAGUCUGCUCCCGCCUGGCACUUUUCUGUGGAGUAUCGGCGCCGGGGCGUGGUCCCAGGAGGGGCAUCCAGAGGUGGGAUCAGAGGGGGAUUGUCUGCCGCCCGCUGGGGCUGGCAGCGUCUGGACGAAGUGAGUGGGAGCAGUGCUGUGAUUGACAGGUUGGAGAUGGACAGCGUGUACGUGCUGCGGGUGAGAGGCUGCAACAAGGCGGGCUACGGGGAGUACAGCGAGGAGGUGUACCUUCACACUCCGCCUGCGCCAGUGCUCAACUUCUACCUGGACUCUCGCUGGGGUCUCCACGCUGACCGGCUGGUGGUCAGCAAAGAGCAGCGAUGCGCUCGCAGCGUCCCCGGUCUCUCUCUGCUGCAGGCCGCCGACCACGCCCUCACUUCUUGUCACCUGACUUCUGACCUUCUGGUUGGGGAUGUAGCCAUUACACAGGGCCGGCAUUACUGGGCAUGCUCAGUGGAACCUGGGUCUUACCUAGUGAAGGUGGGUGUUGGAUUGGAAUCCAAACUGCAGGAGUGGUUUCACCUUCCACAAGACAUGGCUAGUCCCCGAUAUGACCCAGAUAGCGGCCAUGACAGCGGAGCAGAGGACGCCCUGGACUCCGCCCCGCCCUUCUGCUUCCUCACGAUGGGGAUGGGUAAAAUCUACCUACCCCAGCACAGCAACCACCACCACGGUAGCCAUGGAAACAGCAUCCGCGACCCCAUCAGCAACGGCCCCUCCUCGCCCACAGGCCUCACCUACCCUCUGCCGCCCAGGCUCGGCGUGUGCCUUGACUUUGAGAAGGGCCGCGUCACCUUCUACGACGCCCACUCCCUGCGACCCCUGUGGGAAGGCCACGUGGAUUGCUCGGGCCCCGUGUGCCCGGCUUUCUGUUUCAUCGGCGGCGGGGCGCUACAGCUGCAGGAGCUGGUGGCCAACCGCAACGCGGAUCAGACCCCGGUCCGACGGGUCACCAUCCAGCCCCGCAGCUCGAACCUGAGCAGCAACUGAAUUAGGAAUGUAUUUGUGAAGUAUUUACUCUGCUAGAGCGAAAAGGUAGACAUCUCAGCGAUUUUGUUUUGUAUUUAAUUUUCACGUAUGAGAAAAUGUUUCUAUAGCAACGAAUAUGCAAUGUAAUUAAGUUUCUUACAUUUUUGUUAUAUGCAUUUUUGCAAGAAUUAUCGCUUUGGUAUAUCCGGCACUUAAUUAUACCUUUGAUGCUUGCACUUAGCCAGGCUAUACCGCAUACAUUUCUAAAGCUAAUGUAGAUGCUGCACCACGUGACUUUGUCUUUCUCGUAGGAGCUUUUACUGUCAUUUCACGCCCUUAACAUUUCUCCUUUGCUUUAGAGAUAUGAACAUUAUGCCAGUACCAAAAAAAAAAAGAAAAAAAGGGGGGGGGGGGGGCUAGACUAUUUAAUUGCAUCUAGAACUAAAACUGUGUUUAACCACGGUUAAUGCUAGUCAUUCACCCAUUAUGAUCCCAACCAAAGUUAUUGUUUUUUUUUUCUGGGAUGUAAAUGUGGUAAAUUAGAGGUAGAGAGGAACAAUGAGGCAAUACUGUAAUUAUACGCUCCAAUUAUACCUCCGCUGCACAGCUAAUCACUAGUUUCCAUAGUUCUGUUUAUGCAUUGCUGUUUUGUAUUUCAAGCACCCCAGUCUGUGUAUAUGUGUGUGUGUGCGCGCGCGUGUGCACGCAUGUGUGUGUUCGAAUCCCUGUGUGCAUGGGGGUGUGCGGUUUGACUGAUAACAGCACUGACUGUAAAAAAAAAAAAAAAAAAAAAAUGUUUCCUCGCAAACACUACUUUAGAUUUAUUUAUUUAUCUAUUUAUUUUCAAACCCUGCUUGAUUGUAAGUUAAUGAGCAGCGCUUCUCGUGAAAAGGAACAGCAGAUUGACUCCAUGUAAACUCCACCUGCUGGCAGAAUGUUUGCAGAAGAAAAGCGGAUUAAGGAAAUAAACAGAAUAAAUGCAAAUUGUUUAAAUUAUGAAA